AUGAGAGUGCAGUGCAAAGCAGGAAAAAUAGAUACUAAAAACAAAGCUGAAGAGGCAGUCAAAGUAAAGGAAGCACUUGAAGCACAAAAGAAACCAGAUGAAGCAACAAUUGCUACAUCAACAUCAUCAACAGGUACAAGGAGAAAGCAUAUUGCAAGAGAAAAAGUUUUUAGGAAAAAUGAUUCAGAAGAAUUGGACCUAGAGGAAAAAUUGAAGAAAAAUAAGGAAGCAAAAGACCUAGGAGGUUCUAACAUUGCAAUUCAAGAGAAAGAUCCCAAAAAAACAGCCAAGAGAGAGAAAAAAUUGGUACAAUUUGAGAAGGAAAGUGAUGCAAAUAAACAAAUUGUACCAUUAGAACAUCCUAUUCAAGUGGAAAAACCAGCUGAAAAGAAUGAGAAAAAGAGAAAGGGGAAAGAGAUAGUAGAUCCAAAUGAGGAGAAGAAUAAAAAGAGAAAAGGAUGGUUAAUGAUUGUUGAAAAGCAAGAAGAGCAACAAGAAGAAGAGGAUGAAGAGUUAGAAAAAACAAGAGCAAGAGGUGCAUAUGGGAAAUUUGCCAAACUUUUCAAAGAGUUAUAUAAGAAUAAAGAAAAAAUGAAAGUUAUUCAGGAGAUUGGAUUUGGAGCAUUUCUGGAGUUUGAUCUGCCACAAACCAGCCAGAUUUUCUAUGAAAUACAGUAA